AUGAGUAAUACUGCUAAUUAUUACUGUUCUUCUUCUUUAGAUUAUCUAUCACCGCCUGAUAGUGAAUCAACCUUUCAAUUUCCUUUUAAACCAUACGAUAUUCAAAUUAGUUUUAUGAAGAACUUGUAUCAAGUUAUAGAAGAAGAAAAAUUGGGGAUUUUCGAAAGUCCAACUGGAACCGGAAAAUCAUUAAGUUUGAUAUGCGGGGCAUUAAAAUGGCUUAAAGAUAAUGAAAAUAGAUUUGAUAAAUUAACUGCUAGUGAAAAUGUUUGUAAUAAUGAAAACGAUGAUUCUAAAUUACCACAAUGGGUAUUGGAACAUCGUAAAAAACAAAACAUCAAAGAUGAGCUAUCAAGAAAACAACGAUUGAAUGAACGACUGAAAAAGAUCCGAGAAAAAGAAAAGCUUGAACGAGAGAAAAGUCAAUCACAAAGAAGCCGUCAUGCUAGAAAACGAUUGAAACCAAUUAAAGGAUCGGAGGAUAAAAAUUAUAAAAAUUUGAAUAUUAAUAACACUAACAAAGAUAUUGGUGAUGAUGAUUCCGGAUUAAAUGUAUUUCUGGUUGAAGAUUAUGAUAGUGAUGAGGAUACUGAAAAUCAUAGUAAUGAUAUUAAUGACAUUAAUGAUGGCAUUGUUACUGUCGUCGAAGAUAAUUUAUCUGAGGAUGUACGCGAACUUUUAAAAAGGUUUCAAGAAGGCAAAGAUGUUGAAAAUUCUGAAAAGGACGAUGAAAUUGAUGACGAAAAUGUUCCUGAUGAAACAAAAAUUUAUUAUUGUUCAAGAACACAUUCUCAAUUAUCCCAAUUCAUCAAUGAACUUCGUAAAACCGAUUAUGUCUCUGAAUACAUUAAAUCUGUCUCAUUGGGUUCCCGAAAUUCUUUGUGUAUAAAUGAAAAUGUCAAGAGGCUUAAUAACAUUACAAAAAUUAAUGAUAAAUGUAUGGAUUUGCAAAAAUCUGAUUUAAAAGCUGAGAAAAGAUGCCCCCAUCUUCCUUUUAAGGACAAAUCAGGGUUUUUAGAUUUCAGAGAUCAUGUUCUGGCAGAAGUGCGUGAUAUCGAAGAUUUAGCUCAUCUUGGCAAAAAAUUGAAUACUUGUCCUUACUAUGGCACAAGGAAAAGUAUUAGACAAUGUCAGAUUGUUACACUUCCUUAUAAUCUUAUAUUACAAAAAUCUUCAAGAGAAUCAAUGGGAAUCUCACUUGAAAAUAAUAUUGUGAUUAUCGAUGAAGCUCAUAAUCUUAUAGAUACGAUAACUUCUAUUAACACUGUUCAAAUUGAUUUACCUCAAAUUAGAAGAAUGGGCUCACAAUUAUCGUCAUAUCUUGAUCGGUAUAAAAAUCGUCUUUUAGGAAAAAAUAUCACAUACAUUCAGCAAAUUUUAUCGAUGUUACAAGCUUUGGUAAAAUGUUUAAAAGCUUGGCAGAAAAAAUGUGAAAACUUUGAGGAAGAUAGUUAUGAAGGUCUAGAGGAGUUGAAUGGAUUUAUUGAAAAGGUUGAACAAUUAAAUAGCGAUAAUAAUGAUUCUUUUGUACAAGAUCAUGAGCAUUUAUCUACCAUUCCAUCAUUAAGCCAAGUUGAAGCAUUUCUUAUGUCAUUAACUAAUGGUAAUCAAGAUGGUCGUGUAAUACUUGGUUUCUUGCCACAACAAACAUCACAGGUUACAUCUUCAUCAUCAAAACCAGAAUUAACAUUAUGUAAAGAUACAUCACCAAAGACAAAAAUAAAAUAUAUUCCUUAUAUAAAAUAUUUGCUGUUAAAUCCUUCAAAUCAAUUUAAGGAGAUUGUUCAAGAAGCUAGAAGUGUGAUUUUGGCAGGUGGUACCAUGGAGCCUGUAAAUGAGUUAAUCGAACAAUUAUUUCCAUAUUUACCUUCUGAAAAAAUUGUUAAAUUUUCAUGUGGUCAUAUCAUACCACCUGAAAAUUUAUUAACAUUAACAGUUUCUGAAGGUCCAAUGGGCGGAAUUUUUGAAUUCACAUAUGAACAUCGUCAAAAUGUAAAAAUGAUAGAUGAAUUGGGGCAAGUUAUUGUAAAUUAUUGUAAUAUUAUACCAGAUGGUGUAAUCUGUUUUUUUUCAUCAUAUUCAUAUUUAGAAAAAGUUUAUAAGAGGUUCGAAACUAAUGGUAUAUUAAAAAGAAUUGAAAAACGUAAAAAGGUUUUUCAGGAACCUCGUCAAGCUAAUUUGGUUGAAAAAACUUUAAAUGAUUACAAUCAUCAUAUUCACACCAAUUCUGAAUCACAUGGAGGAGCAUUAUUAUUAUGUGUUGUUAAUGGCAAGAUGAGCGUAAUAAUGGUUGGAUUACCUUUUGCAAAUCUUUCCUCUAACGAAUUGAAUGAAAAAAUGAAAUUUAUAAGUCAAUCGAAGGAAAAUAAUAAUUCGAAACAACGUGGAAUGGAAUAUUAUUUGAAUUUGUGUAUGAGAUCAGUCAAUCAAUCAAUUGGUCGAGCUAUUAGGCAUCAAAAUGACUAUGCGACGAUUAUAUUAUUAGAUCAUCGAUUCAACACAAAUUUUAGGAUAAGACAAAAAUUACCAAGUUGGAUUAAUAAAAGUGUUGUUGAAUGUAAAAAAUUUGGAUUGACUGUUGUACAAUCAAAAUUAUACAGCAAUGACCCAAAUUAUGGUAAACAUAAAACUUUAAAAAUCGAAGAAAAUUUUUUCCAUUAUGUUGAAGCAGGCAAUGUAGAAGGACCACUUAUUUUAUUUCUUCAUGGAUUUCCUGAAAGAGGAUAUGGAGGAAGUUAUAAACCAAUUGAACGUAGUGCAUAUGAUUCCAAAUUUUUGUUAGAUGAUAUUCAUAGUUUUAUUCAAAAAUUAUCCAAGAAUGGUAGAGCUGCGUGCGUUGUUGCAGCAGCACAAAGUUGGGAAUGGGAUCAAUAUUCUAAUAAAUCAGGAUAUAUUGAUAGGCUGAUAAUAUUGAAUGGACCUAAUACACUGGUGUGGCAGAAUAAUGCUAAAGAAAGAUUUAAACAAGUAUUUCAUUACAACAAUUUAAAAACAUUGAUCAAUCAACCUAGACAAACAUUAAGAAAUUCAUGGGCAAUCUUAACACCGUGUAUUAGACAAUUUCUUAUGAGUAAUUAUAUGUUUAGAUUUCAGAUACCAUAUUUGCCUGAAAGAUUGUUUAUGCUUAAAGAUGUUUCGUUCUAUGAUGAAUUUUUUAAGUCCGUGAGUAACGUGUCAGCCGAAGAUAUCGAAAUGUUUAAAGCAGCAGCUUGUAUGGAAAAUUAUGCUAGUAUUAAAGGGGGAAUGAAUUAUUACCGUAGUGGUGCAAUGUUGGGGUUUUACAAUGAACAGGAAAAGAGAGGAAUAAAGCAAGUUGGGUUUAUAGGAAUUCCAACAUUGGUUAUCUGGGGAGAAAAGGAUGAAUUCUUAGAAAGCGAUCUGUGUUUAGAUAAUCUUUCAAAAUAUGUAUCGAAUCUUGAAACCAUUCGUAUUCCAGAUGCAGGUCAUUUUAUUCAUGAACAAAUUCCAGAACAAAUAAAUGAUCUUAUAAGAAGAUUUAUUAAUAGCAAUGGAAACCUUCAUGAUCUAAAUACAACUGAAUAA